AUGUCAUCCUCCCCACCACGACCCUCGCCCCGCAAUAUCAACCCCAAUUCCAGCUCUUCCCCAGCUCCUUCCUCCCCUCCUACCGCGCACCCCCUGCGCUCCUCGGCGCUCCUAGCCAAUCCGAUUCAACGCGCCUUCCUAAUCACUGACGGUGGACUGAACCAACUCGUCACGCGACAAGAAGCACGGUCUUUCUUCGAAAUGGGGUAUACACCGCGGGACCCCGAGACCCGAGUGCCUGUGGAUGUAGGAGGGACAGAUGUACCGAGGUAUGCGGAGGGGGAGGGCGCGUUUGUGAGGGAGGAGGAUGUUAUAAGGGGGUUGUUGGGAAAUAUGUUGAUUAUUUCGGUAGGGGAGGAGAGUCAGAGAGAGGGGAAGGGGGGGAAUGGGGGGAUGAAUGGUGCUGGCCCGAAGGAUGAUGGGGAGGGUAGGGGUGGAGGAGAGCGGCAAAAGGACGGGAGAAGUUCUAUCAUGUCUGAAUGGACAGAUUCUAUUCUCACUCAUGGGAGGGAUUACAUGGAAGACAAUAAUACAUUAGCAUGCUGUUUUACCGUCUCCCUCCCCUGA